UAGAUAUACGUGAGAGGACAGGAUAGCGUUCAAGACAGCAAGAAGCAAGGUUGAAGGAAUAUUGAGGACAACACGAGGGAAGGAAGACUGAACAGGACGGUAUUUCAUUGUUGAUCCAGCUUUUGGGUGUAUCUUCGCCAUCAGUGGAGUGUAUCUUCGCCAUCAGUGGAUUGUAUCCAUCCUUCCUUCAUCAUGGAAGACAUAGCACAGUCUUCUGAAGAUAGUUAUCCCUCGGAGCUGUCUCCUACCGCCAAACUAGCUUUACAGCGACUUGCCAACGCGUCGACUCUCAUUCGGUCAAACCCAACCGCGCGCCGACGAUGUUUCCCCCUUAAUGAAUUGCAAUCAGCUUGGAUGAAGAAGCUCGAUACAACAAAUUCACGAGAAAGGAUAAGUUUCAUCCCCCAGGCCAAGAGAGUGAUGAUCGAGAGUGACGGAGCAGAAUGUAUGCACAACAUCAUGGCUGUGAAAGCAAGGAUGCAAGAACCUGCUACGACAGUGGCUGCAGGUGCCCAUGCAAAGUUGGAGAUGAAGGAAGGAUCUUGUGCUUCGAGGUCUUGUAUGGUUGAGGAAAAGGGUUUGAGUGAUGCUGAGGAGAUGGCGUUGUCAGAGAAGAUGGCUGUGCUGGUUCAGUCGCCAUUGGUAAAGGCAAGGCACGUACAUGAGUCAUGUAUCAAGGCAAUAGCAAAGAAGCUGCAGGUGGAGAGGUUUCAUGAAGGCGACCUCAUCGUGCAGCAUGGGACUGUGGGGAAAGACAUUUACUGGGUUGCCUCCGGUGAGUGUGUCUGUGAAGUGGACGGGCACGCUGUGGAUCUUUUGAGUGCUGGGUUCUGCUUCGGUGAGAUGUCCGUCAUCAAGCUGAGCAAGCUGAUCCAAGGCGGAGUUCCAGAGAAGGAGGCGAUGGAUCAGUGUCAUCGUCAAGCUGAUGUGCUUGCUGCGGGUGACGUCGUGCUCCUCAAGCUCGCCUACGACGACUCGACCAACCUGAUGAGGAUCGUGCCGAACCUGUGGAUGACGCUGGUGGACUUGGGUGCCGCUCGUUCCAGAAGAAUCGAUAACUUCAGGGAGACCCAACAGGAUGACGAAGAACAACUUGUUCACGAGGAGGAGCAGGUGAUUUCAAGUGUGACAGAUUCUAUCAAGAGCUUGCCAGCUUUGGAAUGAUGCUUCAAGUUGUCGGGGUGUAGAGGUCAAUGUGUGAACACCUGGUUUGUUGAGAAUGCGACGGAGAAUAUUCAAAGAGUUGUAGAUCGAUGGAGAAAAUACAUGUUAUCAUAGGUGCAGAAGACGUGUUUUAUUAUUGAUGAGGCAGAUGUUAACUCUAGGGAGAAGGUUUUAGUAAACACCUUUACAUUGC